AUGAGGCAGUUCUUGAUCCGUUUAAAUCACAUGGAGUUCUUCAGUUUUUGGGCCUUCUCAUCUGUGACCACUCAGCCUCUUCCCUUUGGUGUGGAGAGAGAGAAACACAUUGACCUGCUGUUCAGAGCGUUUCACAGGCAGAUCAGACCUGCCGGAGACACUCAGGACCUCACACCGGUGCUGCAGGAUAGAGGAGACCAUGAGGGAGUCGCAAACGCACACGCUGAGAGGAAAACACUGGGGAAACUGACUGCUCUGAGAACAGUCACAUCACUCCACAUCACUGCUAGACCUGAACUACAGGGUCCACAGUGUGUAGCCCGGAGAACAUACAGCAUCUGCUCAGAGAACAGAGAUCAGCUCUUUGUGGCGGUUGAAGAGAGCUCAUGUAUGUGUAUGCAGUGCUGUGGUCCAGCUAGAUCCUGUUCACUACAGGGCUUUGAUAAGGAAUCGGAGUGUGUAUUUCUGUUCGAGAGGCCCCUGCGAGCCGACAUGUGCUGCCUCGGCUGCUGCCUGAUGGAAAUAAGGGCCUAUACAGCAGAGAGAGAACUCAUUGGGACAGUUCACCAAAGGUGGAGUAUGUUCACACCAUAUUUCGAAGUGUGUGACUCUGAAGGAAACUCUUCUACGAGGAUCCAGGGCUCCUGCUGUAACACACGAUGUCUGUCUGAGCAAGAGUUACAGGUGGUUUCCACUAUUGGCGAGAGUAUCGGCCGCAUAUGGAAGAAGUGGCCUGGAUAUAAUGAGAAAUGUAACAUGGAUCACGAGUACUUUGGACUGGAUGUCCCUCAAGAAAUGAGUUUGAACACUAAAGUGCUGUUACUCGCUGCUGCCUUUCUAUUGAAUCAUAUGUUUUUUGAGAUGAGCUAA